UUCCCAUUAAGUCAUCACCUCUCUAAACCACUUCUCUUCCUCUUCUUUCUGACUCUUCCAAAGAGUCUUGCAGAUUUAUGAUCUAUAGCCACAUUUGAGGAACUGGUGGUGCAACUUAAUUUCCUCCUAGCAAUGAGGCUUCCCGGUGGCGGCCCCGGCCGGGGUCGUCAUAUGCCACAAAUAUUAGUGGCAUUGGCCAUAUUGGCUAUUGCUAAUAUCGUUUCUGCAGACCCUUAUAUAUAUGCUUCUCCACCACCACCAACUUACGAGUACAAGUCUCCACCCCCUCCUUCUCCCUCUCCACCACCGCCAUAUGAGUACAAGUCACCACCACCUCCGUCACCCUCUCCACCACCUCCAUAUGUGUAUAAAUCACCACCACCUCCAUCACCUUCUCCCCCACCACCAUAUGUGUACAAGUCUCCACCACCUCCAUCACCUUCUCCUCCACCACCAUACUACUAUAAAUCACCUCCGCCACCCUCACCCUCACCUCCACCACCUUAUUACUACAAGUCCCCACCACCUCCAUCACCUUCGCCACCACCACCUUACUACUACAAGUCCCCACCACCACCUGAUCCCUCACCACCACCACCAUACUACUACAAGUCUCCACCACCACCCUCACCUUCACCACCUCCACCUUACUACUACAAGUCCCCACCACCACCCUCACCUUCACCACCUCCACCUUAUUACUACAAGUCCCCCCCACCACCUUCUCCUUCACCACCACCACCAUACUACUACAAAUCGCCACCACCACCCUCACCUUCACCACCUCCACCUUAUUACUACAAGUCUCCCCCACCACCUUCACCAUCACCUCCACCACCAUACUACUACUCUUCCCCACCACCACCCAAGAAAUCACCUCCUCCACCAUACUAUUAUUCCUCUCCUCCACCACCCAAGAAAUCACCUCCACCCCCAUACUACUACAGUUCUCCACCACCACCAGUUAAGUCUCCUCCUCCACCAUACUACUACUCCUCCCCUCCACCACCAGUUAAGUCACCUCCUCCACCAUACUACUACACUUCCCCUCCACCACCUACUCCUUACUACCCUCCUCCUCAUCCCUUGAUCGUUAGGGUUGUUGGAAAAGUCUACUGCUACAGAUGCUAUGAUUGGAAAUACCCAAAGAAGUCCCAUGACAAGAAGCACCUCAAAGGUGCUGUUGUCGAGGUGACAUGCAAGGUUGGUGACAAGGAAAUCAAGAGCUAUGGUACCACUAAGAUCAAUGGCAAGGUUGCCAUCACUGUUGAAGGAUUUGAUUAUGCCAAAUAUGGAGCAGAUGCAUGCAAGGCUAAACUCCACGAGGCACCAAAGGGAUCAAAAUGUAACAUUCCCACAAAUCUUCAUUGGGGCAUGAAGGGUGCUAGCCUCAAAGUGAAGUCAAAGAAUAAAUACGAAGUUGUACUCUCUGCAAAACCAUUUGCUUAUGCUCCAAAAACACCAUAUGAAGAAUGCAUGAAGCCUAAGCCAACUCCAGCUCCUUACUACUACAAAUCUCCUCCACCUCCAUCACCAACAUACGUAUACAAAUCUCCACCUCCUCCAUCACCAAAAUACGUAUACAAGUCACCACCUCCUCCAUCACCGGAGUACGUCUACAAGUCUCCACCACCUCCAUCACCAAAGUACGUCUACAAGUCCCCACCUCCUCCAUCACCGAAGUAUGUGUACAAGUCCCCACCUCCUCCAUCACCCAAAUACGUGUAUAAAUCACCACCACCUCCAUCACCCACGUACGUAUACAAGUCCCCACCACCUCCUCCAUCACCGAAGUACGUGUACAAGUCCCCACCUCCUCCAUCACCCAAAUACGUGUAUAAAUCACCACCACCUCCAUCACCCAAGUACGUAUACAAGUCACCACCACCUCCUCCAUCACCCAAGUACGUGUACAAGUCCCCACCUCCUCCAUCACCCAAAUACGUGUAUAAAUCACCACCACCUCCAUCACCCAAAUACGUAUACAAGUCCCCACCACCUCCUCCAUCACCGAAGUACGUGUACAAGUCCCCACCUCCUCCAUCACCCAAAUACGUGUAUAAAUCACCACCACCUCCAUCACCCAAGUAUGUAUACAAGUCCCCACCACCUCCUCCAUCACCGAAGUACGUGUACAAGUCCCCACCUCCUCCAUCACCGAAGUACGUGUACAAAUCCCCACCUCCUCCAUCACCCAAAUACGUGUAUAAAUCCCCACCACCGCCAUCACCCAAGUACGUAUACAAGUCCCCACCUCCUCCAUCACCGAAGUACGUGUACAAAUCACCACCACCACCACCUUACUAUUACAAGUCUCCUCCACCACCAUCGCCAUCUCCACCUCCACCAUACUACUACAAGUCUCCACCACCACCAUCGCCAUCUCCACCUCCACCAUACUAUUACAAGUCUCCUCCACCACCAUCGCCAUCUCCACCUCCACCAUACUACUACAAGUCUCCACCACCACCAUCGCCAUCUCCACCUCCACCAUACUAUUACAAGUCUCCACCACCACCAUCGCCAUCUCCACCUCCACCAUACUAUUACAAGUCUCCUCCACCACCAUCUCCAUCACCCCCACCUCCAUACUACUACAAGUCUCCUCCACCACCAUCACCAUCUCCUCCUCCACCAUACUACUACAAGUCUCCACCACCACCGGAUCCAUCUCCUCCACCACCAUACUACUACAAGUCUCCUCCCCCACCAUCACCAUCUUCUCCUCCACCAUACUACUACAAGUCACCACCACCUCCAUCACCCUCACCCCCACCUCCAUACUAUUACAAGAGUCCUCCACCACCAUCGCCAUCUCCUCCUCCACCAUACUACUACAAGUCUCCGCCACCACCAUCUCCAUCUCCUCCACCACCAUACUAUUACAAGUCUCCGCCACCACCAUCCCCAUCUCCUCCUCCACCAUACUACUACAAGUCCCCUCCUCCACCAUCUCCAUCACCCCCACCUCAAUACUACUACAAGUCUCCUCCACCACCAUCGCCAUCUCCUCCUCCACCAUACUACUACAAGUCCCCUCCCCCACCAUCACCAUCGCCCCCACCUCCAUACUACUACAAGUCACCACCUCCACCAUCUCCAUCACCUCCACCUCCAUACUACUACAAGUCUCCUCCACCACCAUCACCGUCUCCUCCUCCACCAUACUACUACAAAUCACCACCACCCCCAUCACCAUCACCCCCACCUCCCUACUACUACAAAUCUCCACCACCACCAUCACCAUCUCCCCCACCUCCUUACUACUACCAUUCUCCACCUCCACCUGUGAAGUCUCCUCCUCCUCCAUACUACUACAGCUCACCUCCCCCACCCGUAAAAUCACCUCCCCCUCCAGUAUACAUCUACGGUUCUCCACCACCACCAGUCCACUACUAAGCAGUUUGAAAAGCUUGGCCGUUUUCCACAACCACUCAAAUUUCAGUUUAAGUCACAAAAUAAGUGAUGGCUUCUUGAGGAGAAGAUUCAGAGAUCCAUUGUCAAAAGCAAUUAAUUUAAUCAAUAAGGUGUUCAACUUUGCAAUUGAAAGGUUGAUUCCUAGCGACUUGGACCACUUUGCUUCUACUUCUCUGGUGGCCUUCUUACACAUUGUUCUCUUUGUGUCUUCACGUGGAAGCGGCUUCAACAGCUUUCUAUUUUAUUAAGAAAAUAGUAAUUAUUUAGUGGAUUUGGAGGUGUAUUUGAGUUUUCAUGUUUGCUUCUUUAUAGUAAUUUAUUAUUGUAUAGGGGUAUAUCUUUGAUUCGUUUGCUGUUAAUUAUUGUUGGCUGUCUCCUAGUGCCUACUUGUGCAUUGUGCACCAAAUCAAUAAAGAGAUGAAUUUCGUUCA